ACAUCCUUCCCUCCAAACCUCCCCAAGGGGCCUUCCGUUCUCUGUACCCUUGUCCCCAUCUGUGUCCCCAGACCCUCGAGUUGGAGGCCACCGCCCUCAGUCCCCCAUCGUCCUCCACCGCCCCUGCUCCCACCCCUGACUGUAGGGCCUGGAAGCUGGAGAGGAAAUGACUGAGCUGCUCUGGUCCCCGCCCGCCCGAGCCCGCGCCCCUGGCCACACCCUCUGCCCCAGGCAGCUCCCACGCGGUACUCUCACACUCCAGGCUAGAGACCCUGGGCUCGGAUAUGUCCCCGUCCUGGUGCCUGUGUCUCCUCGUCUUUGCUGCCCUGAUUCUGCUCAGCAGAGGGCAGACAACAGAAAAGGCUACAUCCAGCUCUGCGGUGGACCAGACGUCUGUGAAUACUCAUGUCCCAAGUAAGGAAAGCAAUGCAGGCCCUAAAAUUCUCACUGCAGACAGAACCAACCCAGAAGUCCAGCCUACCACUCCCGUGAGGAUCUGGGAAUCCGAUGAGACCACGCAAAGCCAGACAGCGGGCAAAACCGAGAUCCAGCAAACGACAGGAAUGGACACCACGCAUCCGGUGACAGAUCCAGGGACACACGGGAGCAGCGGGGAAGGAACCACAGCACUCCCUGGGAUCGGGUCUCCAAGCCCAACCAAACACUUCACAUCGGGCCCCUUCUACAAGCCACAAGACUCGAAUGAGAACCCCUUCUACUAUGACGAUUUUACUCUCCGGAAACGGGGGCUGCUGGUGGCAGCGGUGCUGUUCAUCACGGGCAUUAUCAUCCUCACCAGUGGGAAGUGUAGACACCUGUCCCGAAUGUGCCUGAAUCGCCACAGGUGAGUGGGGGCCGACACCCCGAUGGACAUCCCAGUUGGAGCCUCAUAGAACACCAGCUCGCCACCCCUGCUUUCUCCCUCCCAAGAGCCUGUAGUGGUCAGCAUGUAAGGACUCUCCAAGGAAGACACCACUGGAGGAAGCCAGGCCUGAGGCUGGUGGCCUCCCCACCCCGAGGGUGCCUGGCUCCCCGGGCACUGCCCUGCCCCUUAUCCAACCUGUUAAGAUAAAUCCAUGGUCUUUGUCCCGUG